AUGCCCAACGCAGACGACCUAAUCCUCCGCCUGCACCGCUUAACCAAACACACAAACAUCUCAGCAGACCUCGACAAACGCUUCUCAGACCCCCGCCCCGAAUUCGAUCCGAAGACCCACGUUCUCCCGAACUGGGAGGAACUUAGCAUGGAUACCGUUGAUGUGGAAUUGGAGUUUGUGAGGGAGAAGUGGAAUGGGAGGCUGGAACAGUGGGAUUGGGAGAGGGUUAGGGACUGGAGUGUGGAUGUUGGGAGGGCGUUGGAGGAGGUUUGUAGCAGUGAUGGUGAAACCACGAAGACGCGGAGCACCGGUAAGGGGGAUAGACAGAGGAUUGCAGAGCAGCAUGGGACCGGUAAAAUGGAUGAACAGCCUUCUACGAAGGUUGACAUCACGCACAAGCACGGCCGGUCAGAGUCUCAUGGCGAUGUUCCUGCCAAACGUCGUCGUAGCUAA